CGCAACGGCAGCCCCCGCCGGCUCGGGAACGGAGCGGCGCGGUGGGGCUGCGCGAUGGCGGGCUGCAGCCUCCGACCGCACGUGCACUGGGCGCAGCGGCACCACGAGCUGUACCUGCGCGUGGAGCUGAGCGACGUGAAGAACCCGGACGUCAGCAUCGCCGACAACGUGCUGCGGUUCCGAGCUCAGGGUCAUGGUGCCAAAGGGGACAACAUCUACGAGUUUCAGAUCGAGUUCCUAGAGCCGGUUGAGCCUAAACCCGUGUGCAGGGUGACUCAAAGGCAGCUCAACAUCACUGUGCAGAAAAAGGAGAGUAACUGGUGGGAGAGGCUCACCAAGCAGGAGAAACGCCCGCUCUUCCUCGCUCCGGACUUCGAUCGCUGGUUAGACGAAUCGGAUGCUGAAAUGGAACUGAAGGAGAAGGAGGAAGAAAAGAUUAACAAAAUGAAAAUAGAAUCCAGAGUCCCAAAAGACCCUUUCAAACACCUGAAGAAAGGAUACUUAAUAAUGUAUAAUCUUGUACAGUUUUUGGGAUUCUCUUGGAUUUUUGUGAACAUGACAGUACGACUGUUCAUCUUAGGAAAAGAUUCUUUCUAUGACACGUUUCACACCAUUGCUGACAUGAUGUACUUUUGUCAGACCCUGGCCUUGAUGGAAAUCCUGAAUUCACUGAUAGGACUGGUCAGAUCACCACUGAUUCCUGCUGUAAUACAGGUAUUUGGAAGAAACUUUAUUUUGUUUGUUGUCCUUGGAAGCCUGGAGGAAAUGCAGAGCAGAGCUGUGGUGUUCUUCUUGUUUUAUUUCUGGAGCAUCAUUGAACUGUUCAGGUAUCCCUAUUACAUGCUUUCAUGCAUGGGUAUAGAAUGGAAACCUCUAACUUGGCUCCGUUACACCAGCUGGAUCCCUCUGUACCCUCUAGGCGGCUUGGCAGAAGCUGUCUGUCUCAUUCAAUCCAUUCCCAUCUUCAGUGAAACAGGAAAAUUUAGCCUGGGACUGCCAAAUCCACUGAAUGUCACAAUCCAGUUUUCAUUCUUGCUUCAGAUGUAUCUUAUAGCCUUGUUUUUGGGGUUAUUUGUAAACUUCCGAUAUCUCUACAAGCAAAGGAAACAGCACCUCGGACCAAAGAAGAGAAAGAUGAAGUAAAGGAGGAUUAAGUGCUUUCUUAUCUAACUGAUCUCAAUGACAAGAUAAGCCUCCCAUUCUUGUGGUUUUAUCCAGUGUAAAGAAUUUUGUAAAAUUACAUGAUCAUCCUAGAUUCAUGAUUUCAUAGUGAAUUCAGGUAACAUUCCCGUAUCUCUUUUGUUCCCUUUCAAUCAAAUGCAUGCAUGACAUUUACCACUGAACAGCUGCAUCUAAACUUGUAUCAUAUCGACUACUGUGUAAGGGAGAAAUCCUACUAUCUGCAUAUAAUAUGCUUAUAAACGGUGGAGCAGCACUAAAUAGAAAUAGUGUUUAUAUUUUAAUUGGAUUUUGCUCUUUCGGUAUUGCAUGCAGAGAGGACUUCUGAUGUAGGGACGUACCAGUAGCUGGCCCGUGCUGUUCCUGGGGUGCAUCCUGACAGUAAGAGAAGCACAGCCUGAUGUCAGUGUUUGGGUGUUAUUAGCAGUUGGGAUAAACUUCCUCAGCACCCACACCCCCUUUUCUUAGGCAGCAUACUGAUGUUUUAAUGCUGCAACUGUACGUAGCUGACGUCAAGCAAAGUACUGCCAUACCAGUUUAGUCUGUUUCUAGGUUAGUCUUAACAGAGUAGAAGCAUCUUGUGGGCCGUACCAACACCCAUGUACCUGUAGCAUCAGUAGGGAAAGGAAGCUGCCGCUGUGUCCCGUGGACAGAAAUGCUUUUCUGAUUGAUAAUGUCAGCACUGAAAUACAAGGAGACAAGAAAAUACAGGUACCAGCUUUCUCCUAGCAUGUGAACCCCAGAAGAACUCCAUCCCAUUCACACAGAGUAAAAAUCUGGAGCUGCCCUGGGAGACUGAACUCCUCUGAUAGUUCCUACCAGGGCUGUGGCUCCCUUAUAGCCUUGGAAAAGCAAUCAAGAAUGUCUUUCUACUUCAUUUUAUCAGCUGCACAUUUAAAUUUGUGUAUAUGCUUUCUUGGCUGUUCCCUGAUGGGAUGGAGUGAUGGGUUGACAAAUAAUCUAUAAUUUUCAUGCCAUACAUCUCAGUAAGGGAGAUCCUACCUAGGGUGUGAAGGGACCCUUUCCUCUGUAUUAGCUUUAAACAAGAGCUGUUUCCUUCACAUCCCAGGUCACGUACUCUCUUACCUGAAAACUGUUUCAGUUGACUUCAUUUCCAUGUGCCCUUCCUCACACCUAGCCUCUUGUAGUUGAUUCUCAACUCCUCUGGUCCCUUUAAUCUAGUUUAGAAAAAUUAUGGUUAUAAACAAGCUGCUUCACAGCUGCUGCUGGCCCCAGGGUACUGCAAGCAAUACCAGCAAUCCAGAUAAGGCACCAAAACUGAGAUUAGCUGAAGUGUCAUCUUACUACUUGUGUUAUCUUUUUCUACUGUGAAAUGAUAUGAAUCCUCCUGGAAGUUAUUUUCUAUACUUAAAGUUAACAAACAGCUUACUAUUUAUGACAUGGACCCAGUGAUUAUUACUGGAAAGGAAGGAAAACAGUGCUAUAAAGACUGUACCAAAAAACUGAUACAAGCUCCACACUGCAUUUCACAAUUGUUUUGUCAACAAGAGGCAUGAUGCAACUUCUCUUUAGAGAUACGUGAGGCUCACUUGCAGAGGAGAGUGCAGGUAACUUUCUCAAGAGCUGAGCAUAAUUUACACACUAUUUCACUACAGUACACACUGUACAGAUGUUUGAUGUACAUCGAAGGACUGAGUUAGCUGGCUUGGAACAGCAAGGAUCCCUUUCACACUUUUAAUUUCUUUACUGGGCAUUUAAACUUCUGUUAUAAAAUCUGUAUGUACUCAUACAUGAUGUUUCUCAGUGAAAUUGUGGUACCUCGUACGAACUGUAAUGGAUCUUAAAUGACUGAGUUUUUGUCCUUCAGAAAGAAUGUGUUUCUAUUAAUAAAGAUUUACAGCCAGA